CACACGUCGCCGGAGACAAGACAAAUGUGUGUUCUGAUGGCGACAAGAACUCUCACGAACCGUUCCAAAUCUCGCUCUCUUCUUCGUCUCCUCCAAUCUCCAUCUCCAUCCACUAACUCCAGAUCUCUACAAACCCUAGCCUACGAAGAAGUCAAAUCCUCCUCCGACAACAAGAAACACGAAUCAUCCACAGCUCUCAUCCUCCACGGCCUCCUCGGCUCGGGCCGCAACUGGCGAUCGUUCUCCCGCUCCCUCGCAUCGUCUCUCUCCGUCUCAUCUCCCUCUGAUUGGAAGAUGAUGCUUGUGGAUCUGAGGAAUCACGGGAGAUCCACGGAAGUGGAAGGUCUUAACCCGCCGCAUGAUCUUGUCAACUCGGCGAAAGAUUUAGCUGAGUUGGUGAAGGCGAACGGGUGGAGGUGGCCUGAUGUGGUGAUUGGUCAUUCUCUAGGAGGGAAAGUCGCGUUGCAGUUUAUGGAGAGUUGUGCUCGUGGUGAUUUUGGUCUCUCUGCUUCUCCUCCUAAACAGCUUUGGGUGUUAGACUCUGUUCCUGGGGAAGUUAAGGAUGAACAAAGUGAUGGUGAAGUUGAGAAAGUUCUGAUGACGUUGCAGAGUUUGCCUUCUCCAAUUCCUUCACGCAAGUGGCUUGUGGAUCAUAUGGUGGAGCUUGGGUUUUCAAGAUCGUUAUCUGAGUGGAUUGGAAGCAACCUCAAGAGAUCUGGAGACUCUGAGACAUGGGCCUUUAACCUCGACGGAGCUAUUCAGAUGUUCAAGUCUUAUAGGGAGACUUCGUAUUGGUCUUUGCUAGAGAAUCCACCAAAAGAGACGGAGAUUUCUUUUGUGAUUGCAGAGAAGAGUGACAGAUGGGACAAAGAUACAACCACGCGGCUUGAAAGAAUUGCUAACGAGAGACAGAAUGUCUCAGAAGGGAAGGUGUCGACUCAUGUUCUGCGUAACUCUGGCCAUUGGGUCCACACAGACAAUCCCAAGGGACUCCUAGAGAUUGUGAGUUCCAACUUCUUGUCCAUACAGAAGUAGAUCCUCUACGAAAAUUGCAUAAGUCUUUGAUUGAGUUACCUCUCCUCUACUCUCUUCUGUAUUUAUAUGCAGAAAGAAAUAGCGAAUUUAGCAAAACUAUUUACAUUGUGGCCGCUUUGUGCUUGCUGGACCCUUUUCUAGAUGUAAAAGUUUUAUCUUGCCCCAGUGGCAACUAAAAAUAAAACAACCAAAACCUUUUUUUUUCCUUUUCAUGUUUUAUAAUCUAUCACUUCUACAGAUUUUGCCAACAUUUAAAUCUUAUCAUCUUUGUUUCUCGUUGUCUUUUCUCUGAUUUUUGAUAAUGCUAUUCUGUGCACUUGUUUGCUAUCUAUGCAUUGUAUCCGAUGUCUCUCGAUUAAAGACGUGCUUUGGUUACAUGUUGUGAUUGGUAUAACAGCGUUUGGGAUCAUUGUCAGAUG